AUGAAAAACAUGGAAAGAGCAUACAGUGCUCCAGGUAAAGUUUUACUGGUUGGUGGCUAUCUUGUUUUGGAUCCAAAAUAUGACUCCUACGUUGUAGCUGUAUCAUCGCGAAUGCAUGCUGUUGUUUCGGAAGAGAAGUAUAACGAAACUUUAGAUGGCUUCCACAUUCAGUUUACCAGUCCUCAAUUUAAUAAUGAGUGUUGGAAUUAUAGUGUUAAUUCUCAAAAUGGUUAUGUGCCAGUCGAAGUUUCGGGGAAUCGCAAUCCAUUUUUAGAGAAGACUGUGUUAAAUGUUUUGAGUUUUAUAGGACCUGCUAGUGGUAAAACGUUUCCAAAUGUUAUCAAGAUAGAUAUUUACUCAGAUGCAGGUUAUCAUAGUCAAAACAAUAGCAUCACUAGAUCCAAUGGCUUGAAAAGCUUUCAGUUUCAUAAGACCGGUAUAGCCCAAGUUCCAAAAACAGGAUUGGGAUCAUCUGCUGGUCUAGUUGUGGUCUGUACCACUGCAUUAUUGAGUUGUUUCCUAAAUGACAAUCCAUUGCUCGAUGAACUUGAUCUCAUCCAUAAUCUAUCACAAUUAUCACAUUGUCAGGCACAGGGCAAGAUCGGCAGUGGGUUUGAUGUUGCAGCCGCUGUUUAUGGUUCAAUUAAGUACAGAAGAUUUCAACCUGAUUUAAUAUCUAGACUACCUACUUUAUCAAGUGAUAACUACAGAGAGUACAGAUUCGAAAUGAGUAAAUUAAUAAAAUCAAAUUGGAAUAUAAAACAUGAAUCCAUUGUCUUGCCAGCAGGGUUGAGACUUGUGUUGGGUGAUGUAAGGGGUGGUUCAGAGACUGUUGAGUUGGUGAAAAAAGUGAAACUAUGGUACACUAAUAACUACCCUAGAAGCGAAGAGAUAUACAACAACAUCAAUGAGGCAAAUUUGAGUUUCAUAGAUGCGAUGCUUCAAUUACAGCAAUUACAAAAAGCUGAUAAUGACAAGUACAAAGGUCUCUUGAAGGCAAUAAAUACUGGAAAUGACCAACAGUUCAAGGAAAUACUUCAUCUGAAAGCGGCAAUUGCAAAAAUAAGGGAAAAUUUCAGACUAAUUACGCAAGAGUCUGGUGCUGAUAUUGAACCAGAAGCUCAAACCAAACUACUAGAUGCCUGUUCACAGUUAAAUGGUGUUAUUGGAGGAGUUGUGCCUGGUGCCGGUGGUUACGACGCAGUAUCCAUUAUCUCCACAGAAGAUACAAAUUUGAAUGAAAACACAACUAGCUCAGAAUUCGAUUCGGUUACCUGGUUGGAUUUAAAACAAGAAGCAGUUGGUUUAAAGCUUGAAAACCCUGAAUAUUACAGAGAUUUGAAUUAG